UGUUGGUAGGUCUUGGCUGGGUCCAGACAUACACGAGGCAUCGAGGCAUCAUCAAACCGCAGGAAGAAAAGAAGCAAGAACAGGACUCGCAAUCGAGCCUGGGGCUUGGGCUGAGCCAUGUCUGCAAUUCUCGUACUCGAGUACCAAUUUCAACCAAACUAUUACAAAACGGUAUUACCAUCCACAGCCUGAAAGAUUGAAUCAUUCGAUGCCAGGUCGAUCAGCGAAAUCACUCUCCUGAAAGGCUCACAAAUCAGAAAAUCCAAAAGAGGAACAGCAAGAACCAUCAGUAACAUCUCACCAAAAAUCACAAUGAGCUCUCCUCUCCACGCUUUCAUGUCAGAGCUCCGCGGCGCCUCCACCUCGAUCGAAGUUGUGUCGGACAACGCAACGGCACCAGCCAACACCAUGUCUCAAGAACGCCAAGAAUGCAGCCAUGACCUUCCUUCCAAGCCCAUCAGACCCCACCGCAUUGCCGCCAAAGGGAUCUCAUUUCUGGCUUCGAAUCUGCCAGCCGAGCUACGGCCUGUCAUGAAACCGAUUGCCGGCACGGCGAUGGACACAGCCAAGACCAGCAAACUGCAGCAAAUGACACGCAUUCUGUCCAACAGCAACAUCGCUGCUGUUGAUGAAGAAGAAGAGUGCUCCGAGAAAUGUGAAGAAUCCAUCAAGUCUCCGUCUGUCUCGUCGCCAAAGAAGGAAGGCUCUCGAAGAUCCACCCGAAAAGCCGCUUUGCGUGACAGCAACCAUGUCCGACGACACUCACAACGAAAGGGGACAAGCAAGCGAGUGACGACUGCAUAUGCAGCGUAGAAAAGAAUGUACUUGCCUUGCUUCCUCCUCAUUACAUACAUACAUGAUUCAUAAUUGGUAACUUAUACUAAUACAUAACAGUACAUGCAUGUCA